GCGUGCGCGCGUCUCCUUCUCUCUUCGUUCCAGCAAAAAUCAACAAUAAUAUUACACAAAUUUCUCCUCGUCCUACCUGUGCUCUUUGCCCCCCGCGCCAAGUGUUACUUCAACAAAAAAUAUGUAAUUAUCAGUAAAAGGAAAAACUAGAAAUCCGUGUGAAUAUGUUUACAUGAAAUGUAAAACUAAAAAAAGUGUGUGAAAUAAUGUGCUGACAAUUUUUAACAUCUCCAAAAAAAUAUAUUUUUUAAUACAUACGUUCCAUCGUUCGUUGUUUCUGGGCCUUCCAUAAAUUCAACAAAAUAUAAAAGUAAAAAAGGAAAAAGCGAAAACCAGACAAUGACGGCGGAAUUAUGAAAUUUUAAAGAAAUCCCCAAAAAGCGAAUAAAAAAACUGCCAACAAAAUAUGUUUAAUGCAAUGAAGUAAAGGAAACGUGUUUCAGGGCACCCAAAAACGUUGUAUAUAUAAACCAGAUUUACAUUUAAAACUGAGAUAUAUAAGAGGGAUAUAUACAAAGUGUGGCAGCAGCAAAAGUAGCCGCCAGCAGCAACAAAACAAAAAGGCAGCAAAACGUUCACAAAAAGGUGAUAAUGAUUAUUUCCAAGGAUCUUUUCAUAUUUGGCGAACAAAUUUUUGCAACAAUUAUACCAGAAGGUGGAGCAGCAGCAGCAGCAGUGGCAACACAGCAGCAGCAGCAGCAGCAGCAGCAGCAGGAACAGCAGCAACAAAAUCUGCAACAUCUGCAACACCAGCAACAACAGCCGGCAAUUAUAGCUACAACAACAGCAGUAGGAGCCGCAGCCACUGCGGCAACUUCGUUGGUAAUAAACUCGACGGCAACAGCAGCAUCAGCAGCAGGAGCAGCUGAACAAGUUGUAGAAGAGUCAUUAAAAGCCGCAACAGCAACAGCAACAGCAACACCAGCAGAUAAACAGGAAACAGUUGCAGUUGCUCCUCUAUCCCUGCCCCUGCCACUGACACUGCCACUGUCUCGACCGCUGGCCAUCCGCAAGACGGCAAAAAUUUCAAAAAUUCCAAAGGAACCCGAAGAAUUGAAAGCCAAGAAGAAGACAAAGUGUGAAGCAGCAACAACAGCCACCACCAACGCCACACCAGCAGCAGCAGCACCAGCAGCAGCAGCAGCAGCAGCAACAUCAGCCACUAAUUACGAAAAAAUGCCAAUGAAUUUGAUGAUUGUGGAAAGUGUUGAGACAGUCGAUAUGGGAUCAUCGGACAAUGACAACGAGACAACGGAGCAGGUACCGUUGGUGAGUGCCAGUCGUCGGAAUCUGGCCAAAAUCGUUGCCGAUUGUCGGCUACAAAUCGAAAUAGAGCCGACAACGGCAACAACUGAAGUUGCAACAGAACUGGCAGCAGCAGCAGCAACAACAAAAGAUAUGGUAGAAAAAACAACAUCUUCGUCUGCCUCUACAUCAUCUUCCAGCUCAACAUCAUCAGAAUUUACGCACACAUCACAAACGACAAUACCAAGUACGGAUAAUCUAACGUCAUCCAAUGGACUGGCCAAUAUGGGCAAAAGCAUUUUAGUUGAUGCCAAAAGUGGCACGCCAGCAUCUUUGGCUUAUCCCUUUAUGAGUGGUCCGACACCGAAUGUCCCAGCAGCCGGUGGGCCACAACAGCAGCCACAGCAUCAGCAAGCCACUCCACCCACGCUACAGUUAACCUUUCAGAAUCUGAACGUCUUGCACAACGAACGCAAAAUACUUUCCGAUGUGAGUGGAUUUGUCAGUCCCUGCGAGGUGCUUGCCGUUAUGGGGCCCUCGGGCAGCGGGAAGACCACGCUGCUAGACUGCCUCAGCGGACAGCGGCACAUUGACAGCGGCAGCGUCUUCCUCAACCGCGAGCCGCUCUCCAAGAAGUGGCGUCGCAGGAUCGGCUAUGUACUGCAGGAGGAGAUCUUUUUUCCGCAACUUACGCUCAGGGAGACGGUGGUGUACACGGCGCUGUUGCGUCUGCCCGAGUCCAUGCCGCGGGCGGAGAAGAUGCGCCAAGUGGAUCACAUACUGGAGGCACUGGAGUUGGGCUGCUGCCAGCAGACGCGUUUCGGGGACUACAUGAAUCGAGGUCUUUCCGGCGGUGAGAAGAAGCGCGCCAACAUAGCCUGCGAGCUGCUGACAAAUCCGUUGCUCAUGCUCUUGGAUGAGCCCACCUCUGGACUGGACAGCCACUCGGCCAUUUCGCUAAUGAAGGUGCUCAAACGGUACGCACAGCUGGAGCAAAAGACAAUUGUGAUAAGUGUGCACCAGCCCUCGUCGCAGAUGUUCCACAUGUUCGACAAGUUGCUGCUGCUGCAUCAGGGCCGCACCGCCUACUUUGGAGAUGUGCACAAUAUUUACCGACAUUUCGAGGAUAUUGGUGUAACCAUCAAACCACACUACAAUCCUGCUGACUUUGUCUUGGAGCAACUGAAGUCCCAUCCAGAUAUACGCGAGAAGCUGUUCGUAGCCGCCAAGGAAUCUCAUGGCAACUAUUUGAACCGCAAUUGCAUUACCAGCAGCCACCAUACCAGUGGAGAGCCCAAGGCCAAGAAGCAGCCGGAUAGCAUAUUAAUCGAUGAUAUAAUCAACAACUACUACAACCAGCAUCAUCAUCAUCUGCACCAGCCCCACCAUCAUCAUCAUCAUCAUCACAACCAUCACCAUCACCAGUACGAAAACUUACAUCACACAAGCAGUGGCUGUCAGGUGGAGGAGGAUGAGGAGGCAGCUCAACACUUGGUCUGGUGCGGAGCCGACUCGCAGUCAAACUUCAGUUCCUGCGCCUCCAGCGACUGUCAUUCGUAUAGUGCGGGCAGCGUACCGAAUCAUAAUGGGGAUGAGGACUGGCUGUCGUAUCCCACAAGCUUUCACACCCAAUUCUGUGUCCUGUCCAGCCGCAACUUCAAGGAGGCCAAGCCCCGAAUGCUCUCCAAGCUCAAUUGGUUCCAGACAAUCGGUCUGGCGCUGAUGGCGGGCGCCAUUUGGUUCCAACUGCCCCGCACCGAGGAGUUUCUGCACGACCUGCAGGGCUGGAUGUUCUUUUCGCAGACCUACUGGAUGCUUUUUGCUCUGUUCGGUGCCCUCAAUUCAUUCCCCUCGGAGCGUGAGGUCAUCAGCAAGGAGCGACGUUCGGGCGCCUACCGCCUCUCCGCCUACUAUCUGGCCAAAAUGUGUGCCGAACUGCCUUUGGUGGUCACGCUGCCCACUGUCUACCUCAUGAUAAGCUAUCCCAUGCUGGGCUGUACAAGCCUUAAACUGUUCUUCCUGAUGCUCAUCUUUCUGCUCAUCAACACGAUUGUGGCACAGAGCGUGGGCUUCUUUAUUGGCGCCUGUUGCAUGGACAUGAAUGUGAGCAUUACGCUCAGUGCUCUCUACACGCUGGCCACCCAGCUCUUUGGCGGCUAUCUGUCGUCACGCAUUCCGGAGGGCCUCAGCUGGAUACGCUACACGUCCAUGAUCCAUUAUGCCUAUCAGAAUAUGCAGAUAUUGGAGUUUCGGGAGGGUCCAGCUGUUAGGUGCGGUACGCCUAGUAGCUAUGAGAUAUGCAAACAGCAGACAACCGAAUUCAUUCCAUAUGAGGAAAUACUCAAAGCACAAAAUUCGACAUCACCGCUCUGGCUGAACACGCUCAUACUGAUGAUGUUCUUUCUGGUGUUCCGCUGUCUGGGCUAUGCGGUGCUGCGCUACCUGCGUUGCCCCAAAAAGACGUGAUAUCCAUGGGAGGAUACAGCGAGAGAGAGCACGAGCACCGAGGAGGUGGAACCCCCAGUGAUACGUUGCUCGUUGCAAAUUGUUGUCUGCUAAAGUGCGCCAAUUAUGUGAUUCAGUUUACUUUUCAAGCCACACACACACACCAUUUAUUAUUACCUACUAUUAUUAUUAUUCCCCCCAAACUAUUAUUAUUACUAUUAUUAUUGUAGUAGCUAGAGGAUAGCCAGGAGCCGUCGCGUAUCUGUAAACGGAAAUCUUUGUUUUGUUUUAUGCCUUUUAAUUGUUGGCCGUUCAAAUUACAAUUCGCUGCAGCAACCAUAGGGAGAGAGAGAGAGCGGAGUGUGAAGAGAGUAUAUUUUAAUGUACGUUUUAAAGUACCCCCCGCGCGCAUAUCUGGCCAAUUAUCCACAUACAUAAAUAUUAAUUGUAAAUUUAAUAUGAACGCUAGUAAUUUUUUGCAAACAUAUUUUUUUUCGCUUGUGGAAAAAAACACUGUGAUUUAGUAUGCUAGUUUUUUAAUUAGUUUUAAAUUGAGUGCGUGUAAAGUAAAUUGUGUCCGAGGCACAUACUAGAAAUGGAAAAUGGAAACAAACACACACCCACACCUAAUCGCAUAAUCAAGCAAUUGUAUGAAAUUAUGGUAUAAAUUGUAUUUUGUUUGUAUAUUAACUAAUUAUAUGUAAUUAAAUUUAUUUAAAUAUACAUAAACUGUACAUGCAAAAUGUAAGCAGAAAUCUGUAAA